AUGGGCAAACAAGCUGCAUACCUUGCAUUGUUGGAGCGAGAGAGGGUAGGUGCUGAGGAAGACGCGCAUGCUGCUGGAAAGCCGGUGCCGAAGGCGGCGCAGAAAAGGCUGGACAAGGAGUUGAAGGACGCUCAGGAGAUAAGGGCGAAGGCACGUGCAGCUGCUGCUGCGACGAAGAAGAAAAUGGCGCAAAUGAAGGAACGCCGUCGCCUAGAAAUGGAGGAGAAGCGUGGGGCUACCGCUCGAGUAGCUUCUCAGGAGCGCGUGGGUAAAGCACCACCCAAGGCAAAGGAGGCCAAGGCACCGGCGACCCUGGAAGCAACAGGAAAGAAGAAACGACGAACCUGCCCACAUGUAGCAGAAGAAGAGGAUGCUGAUAGCGAGUCAAUCUCGUUUUCUGGUGAUUCACCAUCAGUUCGAAGGCGUGUUAAGCCUAGUGCAGAUCCUAUAUCUGCGUUGGAGACCUCAAGUCGUCCAGCAGCCCGCGCUUUGGAUUUGGAUAUACCAGACGAUAUCUCGAUUGGUGGGGAGGCCCAGGAGGAAGAAGCUGCGCCAGCUGCUGCAGACACCGGGAUGACCUCGAAGAUUGAAGGCGACAGUUCUGACUCUGAGAGUUGGUAUGUUGAAUCCCGGGAUGACGAGCUCUGCGAGGAACUUGAGGAAGAGGCCGAGGACAAAGCGGAAGACGGCGAGAGUAGCGAUGAAGGUCUUGAUGGUGCCGAACUCAUUGCGCGAGGAAAGAAGAAAACCUACCAGAAGUUAGCCUCUCAGCGACUGAAAGCUGCUACCGAGAAGUUGCCUCGCGACUGGGACGAUACGUUGAGCGAAUGGCCAAAACUCACGAAAGCAGAAAUGGCGGUGCUUGCACAGGACAGCAAGGCCCUUCAGAUAUUGCGUGGCGGUGGAUGGGAACUUGAUCCAGAAUGUUUUCCAGUUGGUGGAGGCUAUACCAACCUGUCCUCUGGUGAGCAGGGACCUACUGACGAAGUGCUCGCUAAAGCGGAUUCACCUCUGGAUUUAUUCUUUUUUUCAUGCCGAGGAGCUUGUGGAGUCGGAUUGCUUACGAGAGCAACCGGUACUAUGACCAACAUUUGA